AUGGCUUCAUCCAGCGCGUCUUCGGAAAGCGGGCAGACCUCUCCUAGCGGAGUGCGGGACACCUCCGUGGAAUCCAGCUCAGCCGCCACAGCUCACCUCACCUCUCCACUAGCACCAACGGGGACGCCUGCUGCAUCGUUGAGGAGCACCACUCCGAAUGCAGCCAGCCCGACUGAAGAGACAGCAUCCUCGGAAGCUGCAAGCACCCUGGGCAGCCAGAGCUCUGCAGCGCCAGCCACAAGCGUGGCUGGGGCCACCGGUUCCCCUGCUGCGUCCUUCUCCAGAAGCCCAAGUUCUCCACAGCUGGAGGGCUCCGCAACCUCUUCCCACGUGAUGGCUAGUUCUUCCGGGACAGAAAGCGCAGCGGGUCCCAGCACCUCGGUCGGCUUAUCAAGUACGGGAACAGGCAAGCUGGAAGUCUCCUCUUCUUCCACGACAGAGUCUGUCAUAUCAUCUGGACCCUCCGGGAGCACGGCAUCCUCCAGCUCUGAAGCGCUACCUCAGGUGACCACCACGGAGCACGUUUCUUCAGAAACAUCUCCCGGGAUCUCAGGGACAAGUGUGUUCUCGGCCACAACCCACACUGCUGACAAGAGCUCCGCAGCACCAGUGGCAACAGAGAGCCCGGCUACCAAUUGGACGGCAGGCCCAGCAUCCAGUGCCUCCAUCAUGGCUUCAUCCAGCGCGUCUUCGGAAAGCGGGCAGACCUCUCCUAGCGGAGUGCGGGACACCUCCGUGGAAUCCAGCUCAGCCGCCACAGCUCACCUCACCUCUCCACUACCACCAACGGGGACGCCUGCUGCAUCGUUGAGGAGCACCACUCCGAAUGCAGCCAGCCCGACUGAAGAGACAGCAUCCUCGGAAGCUGCAAGCACCCUGGGCAGCCAGAGCUCUGCAGCGCCAGCCACAAGCGUGGCUGGGGCCACCGGUUCCCCUGCUGCGUCCUUCUCCAGAAGCCCAAGUUCUCCACAGCUGGAGGGCUCCGCAACCUCUUCCCACGUGAUGGCUAGUUCUUCCGGGACAGAAAGCGCAGCGGGUCCCAGCACCUCGGUCGGCUUAUCAAGUACGGGAACAGGCAAGCUGGAAGUCUCCUCUUCUUCCACGACAGAGUCUGUCAUAUCAUCUGGACCCUCCGGGAGCCCGGCAUCCUCCAGCUCUGAAUCGCUACCUCAGGUGACCACCACGGAGCACGUUUCUUCAGAAACAUCUCCCGGGAUCUCAGGGACAAGUGUGUUCUCGGCCACAACCCACACUGCUGACAAGAGCUCCGCAGCACCAGUGGCAACAGAGAGCCCGGCUACCAAUUGGACGGCAGGCCCAGCAUCCAGUGCCUCCAUCAUGGCUUCAUCCAGCGCAUCUUCGGAAAGCGGGCAGACCUUCUCCUAG